UUAUACCUUACCAGGAAGCACGGAUCCGUCCCUGUGGCGGUUUAAGUAGGUUUUCGUUUGAUGAUCUUUGCAGCACGCCUCUAUAAUGGGACAUUUUUAUUGUUCAGAUUGUAACCUCCACAAGUCCCUUGAUUGCAGCAGGAAAAAAAAAGUUGAAUAAAUAAAUAAACGAAUAGGCCCUGGUGCAAGAUCAGCCUGUAAAGCAGCCGAAGAGGCUAAGAAUAAUGCCCAAAGUGCUCGGGAGUAAGAAAUCUCCGAGGGUGUAUUCUUGCGCUACUCGAUGCUUUCUUGGCGUGGGGGACCCGAGACCCACCACAUCUUUCCCUCUCUCCUCCACGGCUGUUUCUUCCCCGAAGGAGUCUCCCGAUGAACAUGUCCCACUGGAAAUUGCUUUGGCCAGAGCAAACGUCCGGUUACAUCACGAGACAGAAAAUUCUUCCAUGGUAGCCUGGACUGAACUUAGGGAAGGGAUAGAUCCACACUCACGCCCUUCGGUAGCGUGACACCCUUUUCUUGUUUUUCAGAACCAGACAGAGAAGUUGUUUGUCUUCUCCAAGACGAUGUUUAAAGGGACUUUCAUUAUCCUCAAAUUUCCCCACGAAAGCUGUAAUGGUUGGGAAGGGCUGCUGAACGUGACCUGGUACCUCCGCAGCUCUCGCUGUCACCAUGAGAUUUACAUCAACGAAAAGGAAGCCUCUGGCUACCUGACGGAGCCUGAAUUUGAGGCCAGCGUGCUUGGAGAUGGCCAGUAUAUUUGGAACUCCACUUUGGUGCAGUGCGGCCAGUUCCACAAGAUGAAUAUCCUGCAACUCCCACUGCCAAAAAGGUUGAAGCACCUGCCAGAUCAAAAGGCACCAGCAAAUGUGAGAAAGAGGGAAGCCCCCAAAGCAGCAGAAGCCAAGGGAGACAAGAAGGAAAAGGGGAAGGAGGACGGGACCGGCCACCCCAACAAAGAGGCCGCGAAGCCCAGCGAGGCCCAGGAUGCGAAGCCUCUUCCCUCAGCCAAUGGGAAAGCUGCAGAGGAUCCCAAGAAGAAAGGCGACGUGGCAAAUAGAAAGUUAGAGCCUGUAACAAUUGCUGAAACUUGGAAUGACGGCCCGUACAUCUUCAUCCUCAGUGUCAAGAACCCAUCGCCAAAGUGGACGCUCUCAAUUGACAUUCAGAUGAAGCACCCUGAGUACAAAUACAUCUCUGCCUCGGAGUGGUCUCUCAAGGUGUUCUACAUGGUGAUGUGCAUUGUCUACGUGCUGUACGGGGUCCUGUGGCUGAGCUUGCUGGCCUGCUACUGGCGAGACAUCCUGCGUAUCCAGUUCUGGAUCGGAGGGGUCAUCCUGCUGGGUAUGCUGGAGAAGGCCGUCUUCUACGCCGAGUUCCAGAGCAUCCAAAGCGAGGGCGAGUCAGUCCAAGGGGCCGUGAUCUUCGGAGAAGUCCUGUGUGCGGUGAAGCGGAUGCUGGCCCGGGUUCUCGUCAUUAUCGCCAGCCUGGGAUACGGCAUUGUCAAGCCGCGGCUGGGGGCCCUUCUGAACCGUGUGGUCGGCGUUGGAAUGAUGUACCUGAUCUUUUCCAUCAUUGAAGGCGUGCUGCGGGUGAAAUCAGAACAACCUAACACAGUCACCCUGGCCUGCGAAAUUUUUCUUGCUUUUGUGGAUUCCUGUAUCGUCUGGUGGAUCCUCAUCAGCCUGGUGCAAACCAUGAAGCUGCUGAAGCUGCGGAGAAACCUGGUGAAACUCUCUCUCUACCGCCAUUUCACCAACACCCUCAUCUUCGCUGUCAUAGCGUCCCUGAUCUUUAUCGUCUGGACCACAAAGACUUUCCGUCUUGCUACAUGCCAAUCCGACUGGCGGGAACUCUGGAUCGAUGAUGCCUUCUGGAGGUUCCUCUUUUCCAUCAUCCUGCUGGUGAUCAUGUUCCUCUGGAGACCCUCCGCCAAUAAUCAAAGAUACGCCUUCAUGCCGUUGGUGGAUGAGGGCAGCGAGCAGGAGGACGAGGACGAGGAGCAGGUGGUCAACGAAGUCUUUGGAAUGAAGAUGAGGGGUGGAAAACCAGAAGUCAAUGGAAUUCUGAAAGGCAACCGAGUGUUGCAGGAUGAAGACUUGAAAUGGGUUGAAGAAAACAUUCCCUCUUCCAUGGCUGAUGUCAUGUUGCCCCCUCUGCUGGACUCUGACGAGGAAAUAGUGACCACAAAGUUUGAAAUCUCCAAGAUGGAAUAAAGUUUGGAUCCUGGCAAGUUGCUUCAGCCGCACUCACUUUCUGGCGGGUUUUGUACAAAGGAUGCGUUGAAGAUGCCCACUUCUUUCUUUCAUUUUCCAACUGGUGGUUUUUAUGUUAUAUAUAAAUAUAUACACACACACACACACACAC